AUGCCUUUCAAUCUCACCAUUGCUAUCCCGACGCUCGUUGGCAGUCUGCUGUCUUUCGUUGCCACAGGGUGCGUUCUCAUAUCGUACGUUGUGUACGCUGAUUCGCAACGGUCUUUCCGUCACGCACUGGUAUUGAAUCUUGCUUUGGCUGAAUUCAUCAAUUCGCUGAACAAUUCGAUAUCUGGGAUCUAUGCAAUUGCCAAUGAAGGUUCCAUCGCACCGGGUGCGGCAUGUAAUCUCAACGGCUGGGUAGGUCAGUGGUCUGUUCAGGCCGCUGACUUCUCUAUCCUGGCCAUCGCCAUAAUAACGCUUACUACGAUUACCCGUAAAACGUACAUGCCCAAUGCCUCGCUCAUGAGCAAGAUACUUAUUUGCGGCUCCGUCUGGGUCAUUCCUACCAUCACAGCUGCAGGAUUGAACGAGUUGAGCCCCGUCAGCGGAAACUGGUGCUGGAUAUCGGGCACGCGAACUGACCUGCGCUAUGCCCUGGGCCAUGGUUGGAGGUUCAGCAUCAUCUUCGGAACCAUUGGAAUCUACAUCUACAUCUGGAUCUACAUGCGUCGGCACUUUUCGCAACUGCACUCCAUGAGCCAAGGAGGGUCAUACAAUCAAGCCAGCGCCGCCAAGCGCCGCGAAUUCCGCCGAGACGACGCCCACGAGCUGAGGAGCGAAUCGCAAACGGAGCUGCAUGAGAUCAACGUGGAGUACGCCUACGAAGUAAAACACUCCGAUGGCAUGAGCGACACCAACCUCGGAAAAGAGGACAUCAUCUUCACAGCUAGCGACCUAGAGACAAACAGCCGCAAAAGCGCCACCACACUGUCCCCUCCCAUGUCACCCAAGAGCCCUUACUUCCAAUCCGCAUCAGCCUUCCCCUCAGAAAUGACUGCGCCUUCAGAUAAGAAGCGCAGCAUCGGCAUGAUCAGCAACCAUCCCGCGCCAAUGUCCGGGGCUUACGAGUCGGGCGCACCCCACGAAUCGGGAAGUAAUCAGCAGGGCGCCACCAGCACAAAGAAGGUCGAGCGAGAAAUCAAGAGGAUGUUGCUCCUCAACGCAUACCCCAUUCUGUACAUCAUCCUCUGGUUACCUGGUAUUCUCAACCGCUUGGUGGAAGCUGCGGGCCAUCCCAGCUAUGCGUUGAGUAUUCUGCAAUGCUCAACGCAGUACAUUGGGUUUGCGAACGCCAUCACCUAUGGCUUCAACGAGCAUCUAAAGACGACACUACGACGCGACUUCGUCAAGUGGUGGCGGGCGCGGCGGAGUUGA